AUGGCGGCCAUGAAGGCUGGCGGUGCCUGCCGCUGCUGUGUCUGCCGCUGCUGUGUCUGCAGCUGCAGUGGCUGUCCAGACCACUGUGAUGCCCCAGCGGUGGCGAUGGUCAGCCAAGCUCUGUGCAGUUCUUUCCAGGACAGAACGACGCACGGUUUGCAGAUGGCCAGGCCCCAGAAGACUGUGCUAGCCCUUUCUCAGAGAGAAGAGGCCCAGGCAGCCACCGCUGUGCCCAUGCUCUUGCCCAGUCUGAAGCACAGCUUUUUCGACCAUCCCCUGGACCAGAGGCUUCUCCGCCCUGCCCAGCAGCUCUGCAGCCCUGUCAUGAUUCCAACUUUCAAAUUGCCAAAGAAGCCCAAGAUGCAGGUGCCUGGGGAUAUGUUUCCCACCAACUGGAGUCCGCCACCUGUAGAGUUCCUAAACCCAAAGGUAGUACAGGCCGACCAGGGGACCCCAUCCCGGAGGUGGCUGGAUGCAGUGGGCCCCCAGGACCUGAGGAGACUGGCCAACCAGGCGCCUGAGAAGCUGGAGCAGAAGUCCCUGGACUUGGACCUGAAGGAGGGCCUGGCCUCAUUAGAGGAGCUGUCCUGGAACAUGGCAGGCCUGAGACAGCAGACUGUGGCCCCAGAGAUGGCUUGGGGGGGCUCGGAAAGCUAUGUCAACAGCUUGGAUUACUUGCUGCAGGAGAAGAAGGAACAGGCCCUAGAGCUGGAGCGAGAGAAGCUUCUGCAGGACUGUCUCUGUCUCGACUCCUUGGAUCUCGAUGAAGGUGAAGUGCCGCUGACACCAGAGCACAGGAUGCUGGUGGAGAAGUUCUCCGUGUCAUUGCUGGACAUCCCGCCGGUACAUCCAGGAGAGACUGUGUUUCUGCCUAGGUGUCACCCCCUGCCAUGCAUCCUGGACUCUUCACACGUGAAACCACGAAACCCCCUGGAAGGGCUGUUUCUUAGCUCCCCGCCAGCCCAGCAGCUCUCCUUCCUGCACAGUGGCCUCCUCAGCACUCUCUACCUGCACAUGCCUGACUGCCCCGUGCCCCUGCUCCAGUGGCUGUUCCAGCUGUUGACAUGGCCUCCAGAAACUUCUUCGGAAGCCUUUGGUCUCCUAUGGGAUCUCAGUGUGGAUGGGCUCUUCCGUCAGUCCGGCGAAGAUGAGCCCUGGUGGUGCCCCUCCCUGCAGGAAGUCAAGGAGGUGUUGUACAGUCUGGGAGCCCACGACACUGCUCUGGACCCACUAGGGCCCUCUCAGCAGGACAGCAGAGUGCUUACAGGUGAGGCCAGCCUGAGCGGGAACGAGCAGCCGGAAGCUCCCCAGGAGGCUGCCUUAGACAUUAGCCUGAACCACAUCAAUAAGUUCCUGACACUGUGUGUCCUGGCCCAGCCAGGGGCCUACACCGAUGAGAACCUUCUAUACCUGAUUGAGCUGCUGUGCCGCGCAGGCCUGGAUGUGGGCCUCCGCCUGUUGCCCAAGACUGACCUCCAGCAGCUCCUGCUUCUGCUCCUGGAGAACAUCCGGGAGUGGCCGGAGAAGCUCCAGCAGCUGUGCUGUGCCCUAAGCUGGGUGUCGGACCACCACCACAAUCUCCUGGCCCUCGUGCAGUUCUUCCUGGAUGUGACCUCCCGGAGCAGGCAGCUUCGAAGCCAGCUCAGCCUUGUGGUCAUCGCCCGGAUGCUAGGCCAGCAAGAGACGCUCUCUCUCUGGCAAGAAAAGUCCCAGCUGUCCUCACUCAGCCGGUUCCUAAGCCUCAUGAGGCCGUCAUCCCUGGGGCAGUACCUGGGCUCUGUGCCCUUGUCACCCAGCCAGGAUCAACAGCCAAAGGCCAGAGUCGAGCUAGACCACAAGGCCUGCUACCUGUGCCACAGCCUUCUGACAUUGGCCGGCGUGGUGGUCAGCUGCCAGAACAUUACUUCAGACCAGUGGGGUCAGCUGCAGCUGCUGUGCAUGCAGUUGGACCGUCACAUCGGCACCCACAUCCGGGAGAGCCCCCAGGCCAUGCACCGCACCAUACUCAAGGACCUGGCCACCCAGACCUACAUCCGUUGGCAGGAGCUGCUGACCCACUGCCAGUCCCAGGCCCAGUACUUCAGACCCUGGAAAAACAUCUAG